AUGGCCAGCUCGUCAGCGUUGGAGUUCACCGUGAGGAGGAAGCUUGCGGUGCUGGUGCCGCCCGCGGCCCCUACGCCGCGGGAGCUGAAGAGGCUCUCCGACAUCGACGACCAGGAUGGGCUCCGCUUCCAGGUCCCCAUCAUCCACUUCUUCCGGCAGCAUGACGGCUGGGACGACGACCCUGCGCCUGUACUACGCGGCGCCAUAGCGGCGCUCGAGGGCCGCAAGCUCGCCGUCGACUGCACCGGUGAGGGCGUGCUGUUCGUCGAGGCUGAUGCCGACGUCCGCCUCGACCAGUUUGAUGCGGCCCUGGGGCCGCCCUUCCCGUGCCUCGACGAGCUCCUAUUCGACGUCCCCGGCUCCUGCGGUAUCCUCGACUGCCCGCUCCUCCUUUUCCAGGUGACACGGCUCGCUUGCGGAGGCUUCGUCAUGGCUGUGAGGGUACAGCACACGAUGGCAGAUGCGGCGGGGAUGGUGCAGCUCCUGGGUGCUAUCGCGGAGCUGGCUCGGGGUGCGCCGGCGCCAACAGUGCAGCCGGUGUGGGGGCGCGAGCUGCUGCAGGCGCCGCUGCUGAAUGAUGAUGUACUACUCCCACCGCGCUUUGCGCACCGUGAGUACGAUGAUGUGAUGGACAUGAAUGACGCCAUCGUGCCCUUUGAAUUCAUGGUGCACCGCUCCUUCUUCAUUGGGUGGCGGGAGAUCUCCGCCAUCCGAUCCCACCUCCCGCCGGCUCUCAGUCACGAAGCUACCAACUUCGAGGUCAUCACGGGGUGCCUGUGGAGGUGCCGCACGACAGCUCUGGCCCCCCAUGCCGACGAGGAAAUGAGAAUGAUCUGUACCGUCAACAUCCGUGGCAAAAAAGACACUAUCAUCCCCGUCGGCUACUAUGGCAACGCCUUCGCUUCCCCGGUCGCCAUCUCCACUGCCGGUGACUUGCUCGCCAACCCUGUGAGCUACGCCGUGGAGCUCGUGAUGAAGGCGAAGCGGCAGGUGGAUGUGGAGUACAUCCUCUCCGUGGCAGCGCUCAUGGCACAACGCGGGCGGCCACACUUUGCGGUGGCGCGCGCCUACCUCGUGUCGGACGUGACCAAUGUUGGAAUCCGCGACCUUGACUUCGGCUGGGGCAAGCCGGUGUAUGCCGGUCCAGCAAAUGGCGGAGUCGUUGCCUUACCAGGCAUCGGCAGCUUCUUCAUUGCUGUAAGGAACGCCACGGGCGAGGAGGGUAUCACAGUCCCCGUGUGCAUGCCCGGCCCCACCAUGGACAAGUUUGUUAACGAGAUGGGCAAGCUCAUGCGCCCGGCAUUGGCUGACACGUUUUCCAAGAUGUGA